AUGGAUGUCAUUGAAAAGCUAGAAGGCCCUACGCCAUGGACGAGCCCAAUCGUAGUCGUCCCUAAGAAAGCUGGUGGUGUAAGAAUCUGCGUUGACAUGAGAGAACCUAAUAAAGCCAUACGGAGAGAAAGACACUCAAUGCCGACGUUUGACGAUCUCGUUGCUGACCUGAACGGCUCAACUCUAGAACUGGAUGAAUCGAGUCAUUACAUCACUACCUUCACCACGCAUGUCGGUCGUCGCCGCUUUAAACGCCUACUCUUCGGAGUCAAUGCUGCUGCAGAAAUAUUCCAAAAUGCAAUCACGGAAAUACUCAGUAACAUUACAGGUGCUCAGAACUUCUCUGAUGACAUUAUUGUCCAUGGCAAGACACAAUCUGAACAUGAUAUAAGUCUUCGAGCCACACUGCAAAAGCUAGAAGAGAGUGGUGCCAAGGUCAAUAGAGAAAAAUGUGUGUUCUCCACAAAUGAAAUGACUUUCUUUGGACAUGUGUUUGGUGCAAAUGAUGUCUCGGCUGAUCCCAACAAGAUUAAGACCAUUAUCAACACAGCUCCUCCAGAGAAUAUCAGCGAAGUUCGAGGUUCAUCUCUGAUUACGCAACCAUGA